AUGUCAAGUUCCACCUCGUCGUCCAAUAGCUACGAGUCGUUCGGGUCGUUCCACACGCCAUCCACCGCGUCCUUAUUCGCUCAAAAAGACCCUUUGGAAAAAAGAUGUCCGACCAAUUUGUCAUCGGACAUUUCGUUGCAGCUUGCGGACAAUUCCGUUGCCAAGACAGCGAAUCGCUCACUCUUUGCGCUGGACUUGAAGACGUGGACGUAUCUCAAUCACGGAGCGUUCGGAGCUCCUACUACAGUGGCCAUUGAAGCUGCGACUUACUGGAGAGAUCAAGCCGAUGCACAGCCGUUGAAUUUUCAUGAUCGGGAGCUCUUCCCAUUGGUCGUACAAGUGAUCAAGUCUCUCGCCAAGUUCAUCGGCGUCGCCCAGCCGGAGGAGCUCGUGCUGCUACCCAAUGCUACUGCCGGUCUCCACUCUGUGCUCGCAUCCGUACUGAGACAAGAUACGGAUCAAGAGAAGAAGAAGGAGAAGGACUUGACAGUCGUGCUCUUUAGCACGAGAUACGGCGCUGUACGGAAGAUGUUGCAAGCUCUGGAAACCAGGAUGAACGCAGUGCAGAUCCGUGAGCAGGUGCUGUCUUUGGACGAGUCUCUGGAUGAUGAAAAGGUGCUGGAAGCUCUGGAAGAAGCGCUGAACACUGUGCAAGCUGCUGGACGCCGAGUGGCGCUGGUCGUGGUGGACCACGUCACGUCCAACACGGCGGUUGUCAUGCCCGUGAAGUCGAUUGUGCAGUUUUGUCAUGCACGAGAUGGCGGCAUUCCAGUCUUGGUGGAUGGAGCACAUGGUCUGCUGAAUUUGCCACUAAAUCUUGACAAAUUAGGGGCUGAUUACUACGUUGGGAACUGCCACAAGUGGUUCUGCUCGGCACGAGGUGCUGCGUUCUUGCAUGUUGCAACGACAAGAGGUGGACCGUUGAUUGAGCCACGCGUGGUCUCGCACGGAUUCUUUGACGGUAUGCAGAGUGCUUUCAUGUGGACGGGACUGCAAGACUACAGUGCGUGGCUUGCACUGUCUCAGUGUCUUGCGUUUUGGCAGCAUCAAGGUGUUGAUGAGACGCGUGAGUAUAUGCACACACUAGCGCAAGAUGCUGCCGAGCUGUUGUAUGCUCGAUGGAAGAUGCCAGACCACCUCGCCCGUGAACGUCGAUUUCCUCAGCACAAACGACAUGCAAUGCGUCUCGUGCAGCUGCCGAGUUUGCGAAGACUUUGUGGUGGGGUCACGGUGUCUGCAGACAAUCCAAAUGCCACGUCGACGGAUGCCAAGCGUGUUCAGGACAGUUUACACUACACUCAUCGUAUAGAAGUGCCUGUCAAAUGUGUCGAUGGUCGACUGUACGUUCGUCUGUCAGCUCACGUCUACAAUUGUCUCGAGGACUAUGAAAAACUAGCUGCAGCCGCAGUGGAUACGGAUUAG